AUGUCUGCGUGCAGGAAAGUAGCUGUUGUGACCGGGGGCAAUAGAGGAAUCGGGAUCAGUCUGGUUCGUAACCUGUGUCAAACAUUUGACGGGGCGGUCUACCUCACAGCCAGGAGCGAGGAACGCGGCAAGAAAGCUGUGCAAGAUCUGAAGGCAGAAGGUUUGAAUCCUUGCUUCCAUCAACUUGAUAUCGACUCCAGAGACAGUAUUUGUGAUUUCGCCAAAUAUCUGAAGGAGACCUACGGUGGAGUUAAUGUAGUCAUUGCAAACGGGUCUGUCAGUUACGAGAAGAACAGUCCCGUCCCUCUCUCGGAGCAGUCUGAAGGUUACAUCCGCGUCAACAACAUCGGCAACGCAAACCUCUACCAAGCCCUGGAACCUCUUCUCAGACAAGAUGGCCGCUAUGUCAUUGUGUCAAGUGGGUUUGGACGACUGUCCAAAAUACCCCAGAAGCUUCGACCAAAAUUCCAAACUGAAAAUAAGUCGAUUGAUCAACUAAACUGUGUCCUCAACGAAUAUGUGACAUCAACCAAAGACGGCAGCUUCAAGGAGAAAGGGUGGCCAGAUUGGCCAAACGUCGUCUCCAAGCUGGGCCUUGUAGCUCUAACCAGAAUCAUUGUGCGGAAUCUAAAGGGCAACCCUCGUCGUCUGCUCGUGAACGCCUCAUGUCCCGGAUGGACUGUCACAGACGCCGCAAGGUCAUUUCUGGACGAAAGAGGGAUGUUUGGUAACGUGAAGGCAAAGCACCCGGAUGAAGCUGCAGUCGACAUGAUUUGGCUCGCCACGUUGCCUCCUGGAACAACGUCGCCACACGGAGAGCUGAUUCAGUACAGAAAGGUCCUGUCGUAUGAAGGGUAA